CACCCGAGCUGCAGGGAAAAUAGAAGUAUAGCGCUUUACAAUGACAACCAUGACAGGAAGAGAGGAUGGCGCUGAGGAGAAGCCCAAAGUCAAGAUGCUGGCUCCAGCAUUUGGGAUCGAUAAAUCACGACUUCAUGGAUCUGGGUUUAGGUCUAAAGGCUUUGCCAUCACGGACCUACUGGGUCUUGAUACGGAUCUCCAGCCUCGCCCAUCCGGACUUUAUGGAGUAGGAGGACACGGGGAUGUUCAGAGCGCUGGGAUGGGAUUCCCUUUCGCUGGAGGAUCCUUGCCGCUUGGUCUGGGUUUCCUGUGCAGUUUGGCGGCUCAGCAACCUCCGGGGGCCCCCUGCUUCCUACCGAGUCACAUACCCCUCCUUCAGUCCAGGGCAGAGAGCCAUUUCAUGCAGAAUUUGGAGCAACAAAGAGACGCCUACUCUGGUACAGCUCAUUUCAAAUGGUUGACUUUACAGUUAGGACUUUAGGGGAGCUGUCCACUUAGCAAGUAUUCUCGGGGGGUGCUGAAACCUCAUGUAGCUCAAUUUAUUUAAAAUAUUCAAUGCAUUCAAGAUUGAUGUAGCCUAAUUUUAUCUCUCAAAAUUAAGAUGUUGAUUGAAUGUUAAACCUAUCCAAAUGAACUUAUCCCAUGUUAGUCUCGCGCUAAAUUUGAUUAGUCUAUAUUCCAUUUAUAAGCUCUCGAUUUAUUUCGUUUUUCAGCACAAUUAUAAUUUAACAUGUAUAUUUUGGAUUUUGGUUUGAUUGUUUUGUCUCUAAUAGACUAUAUGUUUCCUUUUCUUUUCAGAUGAAGAAUGUCUCUCUGGUGAACGAAACGAUUCGAAAAACUCCGGAAACUCCCAGAAGAGAAAGAAAAGGAGGCACAGGUUGGUAUGACGCAGUUUUAUUGCACCCGAGCAAAAAGAGACAUUGAGUAGGCUAUUACAUUAAAUAAGUACAAUGAGUGCCUUUAGGACGCCUGUUUUAUCAAUGCUUUCAAUAAAAUAAAAUGAAUCCAUUACAGAACUGUGUUCACGUCUCAUCAACUGGAGGAACUCGAAAAGGCAUUCCAUGAAGCACAUUACCCAGACGUGUAUGCCAGGGAAAUGUUAGCAAUGAAGACAGAAUUGCCUGAGGACAGAAUACAGGUAUGCUAUUUAUAACAACAUGUAGGCUACUACAAGGCUAACACGGGCAUGUAAACCUACAAUGGCCUUAUAUAGUUUAAUCUGCAAAAUUGUCCAAAGAUCUAACAUUUUGUGCCUAUUUUUCAGGUAUGGUUUCAGAAUCGUCGGGCCAAGUGGAGGAAACGUGAGAAGUGCUGGGGACGCAGCAGUGUUAUGGCAGAGUAUGGGCUCUACGGUGCCAUGGUCCGCCACUCCAUCCCUCUGCCAGAAUCAAUCAUCAACUCCGCCAAAAGCGGGAUGAUGGGCUCCUGUGCUCCCUGGCUUCUAGGUGAGCCAGCAGGUUGUUUGCUUUAUUAAUAAUAUAAGACUCAAAUAUGUAUUUAAUCACUUGAAUACAUAGCUGAGAUGUGUUUUGUAUCCGUACAAUGUUUGAUAGACAUUCAGCCAACAUAUUUCAUAACAUAGACAUAAUAACGAUGAAGGUCUAAGUGUUAGGCCUACAUUUUCGUUUACCAAUAGUCCUAUAGGCCUAAUGUCGAUUUAUUUUUGCAUUAUUUUGCUAUAGGCUGCGCCGAGACUGAUUGUUUUUUAUCACUUUACGCAGGAAUGCACAAGAAGUCCAUGGAGAUAGUAAAGAAAUCCCCAGGAACGCCAGAGUCUACCCACUCGGAUACUUACUCCGAGGAAACUAAAGGGAAAGACAGCGACAUGUCCUGGCCAAACCGCUCUCGUGUUAUAGACACUGAGGACAUGGCAAUAGACCUUUCCAGCACCUCUAAGCAGGACAGCAGCAAGAGCACUUUGAAAUCAUCGUCGCCCCAUAGGGAUCCCAUUCGCAACAGUGAUUCAGACGAUGAAAGCUAAAUAUAUGCCAAUACCCGUUGCAGACAGUGAGCUUAGACAUUUGCGUGGAAAUUAUGCUCACCUCGAAGACAAUUAUUUUCCAAAGAUGCGCAACGUUCCCAUCGGGUGUACAGUGUACUU